CUAAGACUGUGUUCUACUUUCAGUUUCAUUUACAGGCGCAGCGUCGCUGGUGUUAGCUCAUGAACAUAAACAGGUGUUCAGGCUGCCAUGGAUCAGAGUAACGACGGAGAGGAGGGAGGCCUCCCCACUAAACCCACUCUGAGUGGGGAACAAGGCUGCCAGGCUGAGGCUUUGAGCCAAGAGCAGCAUCAGAGAGCAGAAUCUCCGGAACCCCGUGCUGUGUCCAUGAAGAGCCACCACUCUAUGGGAGUCCCCAUUUCAUUCACUAAACAGCAGACUGCUGAAGCACAGAUGCAGCAAAGAUCAGACUCCCCUGUACCAAGCUGUGUGUCCUUGAAGAGCAACUGGUCUAUGGAGACUCCUUUAAAUUUCAAAGAGGACCGCCAUUGUGUUGAUACAAAAGUCCACCAGCACACAUCAGAGGUCCCCUGCGGUCAGUCUGGCCAGCAACACCAAACAGAUCUGGACUAUAUAUUUAUGCUGCUUGAAGAAAACAUAGUCACUUUUGUGAAGAACGAGUUGAAGAGGUGUCAGAGGAUUCUCAGGACAGACCACCCAGAAUGCUCAGAGAAGUGGAGAGAGGAUGAGGCUGCUGUGGGCAGUGAGGAAAAAGAGCAGAUGAAGAGCAGCAGGGAGGCCUUUGUGAAGAUCACACAACACUUUCUCAGGAGAAUGAAGAAGGAGGACCUGGCUGACUGUCUGCAGUGGAGAACUAGUGCUGCUAUGUGCCAGUAUAAACUCAAAUCUAAUUUUAAGAAGAAAUUCCAAUGCUUGUUUGAGGGGAUUUCUAGAACAGGAACCCCAACACCCCUGAAUCAGAUCUACACAGAGCUCUACAUCACAGAGGGAGGGAGUGGAGUGGUUAAUGAACAUGAGGUCAGACAGAUUGAAACAGCAUCCAGGAGACCAGACAGACUGGACACAACAAUCAAAUGUAAAGACAUAUUACAACCUCUAGCUGAAAGAGAUGAACCAAUCAGAACAGUGAUGACAAAUGGAGUGGCUGGCAUUGGGAAAACUGUCUUAACACAAAAGUUCACUCUGGACUGGGCCGAAGACAAAGCCAACCAGGACAUACAGUUCACAUUUCCAUUCACUUUCAGAGAGCUAAAUGUGCUGAAAGAGAAAAAGUACAGCUUGGUGGAACUUGUUCAUCACUUCUUUACUGAAACCAAAGAAGCAGGAAUCUGCAGGUUUGAACAGUUCCACGUUGUGUUCAUCUUUGAUGGUCUGGAUGAGUGUCGACUUCCUCUGGACUUCAACAGCAAUGAUAUCCUAACUGAGGUUACAGAGUCCACCUCAGUGGAUGUGCUGCUGACAAACCUCAUCAGGGGGAAACUGCUUCCCUCUGCUCGCAUCUGGAUAACCUCACGACCUGCAGCAGCCAAUCAGAUCCCUCCUGAGUAUGUAGACAUGGUGACAGAGGUCAGAGGGUUCACUGACUCACAGAAGGAGGAGUACUUCCGGAAGAGGUUCAGAGAUGAGGAGCAGGCCAGCAGAAUUAUCUCCCACAUCAGGACAUCACAAAGCCUCCACAUCAUGUGCCACAUCCCGGUCUUCUGCUGGAUCACUGCUACAGUUCUGGAUAACAUGCUUAAAACCAGAGAAGGAGGAGAGCUGCCCAAGACCCUGACUGAGAUGUACAUCCACUUCCUGGUGGUUCAGUCCAAACUGAAGAACAUCAAGUAUGAUGGAGGAGCUGAGACAGAUCCACACUGGACUAAAAAGAGCAGGAAGAUGAUUGAGUCUCUGGGAAAACUGGCUUUUGAGCAGCUGCAGAAAGGCAACCUGAUCUUCUAUGAAUCAGACCUAACAGAGUGUGGCAUCAAUAUCAGAGCAGCCUCAGUGUACUCAGGAGUGUUCACACAGAUCUUUAAAGAGGAGAGAGGGCUGUACCGGGACAAGGUCUUCUGCUUCGUCCAUCUGAGUGUUCAGGAGUUUCUUGCUGCUCUUCAUAUCCAUUUGACAUUCUUCAACUCUGGUGGCAAUCUGUUGGCAGAAGAACAGACAACCACUCGGAGGUCUAGGCCAGUAAAGGCCAAAUCUGCAGUAAAAUUCUUCUACCAGAAUGCUGUGGACAAGGCCUUACAGAGUCCAAAUGGAUACCUGGACUUGGUCCUGCGCUUCCUCCUGGGUUUGUCAGUGCAGACCAAUCAGACUCUCCUACAAGGUCUGCUGUCACAGAAAAGCUUGCAGACUAACCUGGAAACAGUCCAAUACAUCAAGGGGAACAUCGGGGAGAAUCUCUCUCCAGAGAGAAGCAUUAACCUGUUCCACUGUCUGAAUGAGCUGAAUGACUGUUCUUUAGUGGAGGAGAUCCAACAGUACCUGAGUUCAGGAACUCUCUCAACAGAUAAACUCUCUCCUGCUCAGUGGUCAGCUCUGGUCUUCAUUCUACUGUCUUCAGACAAAGAUCUGGAUGUGUUUGACUUGAGGAGGUACUCUGCUUCAGAGGAAGGUCUUCUGUGGCUGCUGCCAGUGGUCAAAGCUUCCAGUACAUCUCUGCUGAGUGGCUGUAACCUAUCAAAUAGAUGCUGUAAAGCUCUGGCCUCAGUUCUCAGUAGCCAGUCCUCUAGUCUGAUCAAGCUGGACCUGAGUUACAACGGCCUGCAGGAUUUAGGAGUGAAGCUGCUGUCUGUUGACCUUAGAAGUCCAUACUGUAAACUGGAAGCUCUCAGGCUAAAUGGCUGUAAGCUGUCAUGGAGAAGCUGUAAAGUUCUCUCCUUAGUUCUGAGCUCCCAGUCCUCUAGUCUGAGAGAGCUGGACCUGAGUAACAACAACCUGCAGGAUUCAGGAGUGAUGCAUCUCUUCACUGGCCUUGCGAGUCCACACUGUGAACUAGAAAUGCUCAGGCUGAAUGGCUGUAACCUGUUAAAUGAAAGCUGUAAAGCUCUGGCCUCACUUCUCAGCAGCCAGUCCUCUAGUCUGAGAGUGCUGGACCUGAGUAACAAUGACCUGCAGGAUUCAGCAGUGAGCCUGCUGUCUGUUGGACUUCAGAGUCCACAUUGCACCCUGGAAACUCUCAGUCUGUCAGGUUGUAUGCUCACAGAAGAGGGCUGUGCUUCCCUGGCCUCAGCGCUGAGAUCCAACCCCUCUCACCUGAGAGAUCUGGAUCUGAGCUACAAUCAUCCAGGAGACUCAGGAGUAAAGGGGUUGUCUGCUGGACUGGAGGAUCCACACUGGAGGCUGGACACUGUCAGGUUGGGCCAUCUUGGAGUCCAAUGGUUGAAACCAGGGCUGAGGAAGUAUGCCUGUGAACUCACAUUGGACCCAGACACAGCACACAGGAAGCUGGUCCUGUUAGAGAACGACAUGGUGACAGUUGAGGAGGAGCAGCAGCAAUAUCCUGAUCAUUCAGAGAGGUUCCAGUCCUGGUACCAGCUGCUGUGUAGAAAUGCUCUUAAUGCUCGGUGUUACUGGGAGGUCAGCUGGGCAGGGCUGGUGUCUGUAGGAGUGACUUACAAAAGAAUCAAAAGGAGUGGAUUCAGUGAUGACAGCUGUAUCGGAGGGAAUGACAGGUCCUGGAGUCUGGACUGCUCUGCCGUUAGUUACUCUGUCUGGCACAAUAACAGAGUCAAAAUCAUACGCAAACCUGCCCCCUCCACUGUCUGGAACACAGUGGCAGUAUAUGUGGACUGGCCAGCUGGUACUGUGUCCUUCUAUAAAGUCUCCCAUGACUCACUGAGCCACAUCCACACCUUCCACUGCACCUUUACUGAACCCCUCUACCCAGCCUUUAGGAUUCGGUCUGAGUUUACGUAUGGGGUUGCCAGCUGGUUGUCUCUGGGACAGAUGGAUUAUUAUUAGAUUAUAGAUGGACUAUUUUCACUAAAGAGAAAUGUAUGUAUGUGAAGAGAACAUAGUCUCAGUUUUAUGUUAUGUUAAGGAAUGGUCGUCUAUGAGGGAUGAUAUACUCCACUGCUCCAAAAGUCAUCACAUAUACAUAGUACAAGCUCAACAUUGAAACAUGUCACCCAGUGCAACAGUGAGGCUGAUAAACAGUUUUUGUAAUCGUUUUAGAAGAACAGUGGCACAGAGGGAGAGGACACAUUGUUUUUAGAUGCAUUCAUUGUUGAUUUGAAAUACAUGAGAUUUGUUGUUCAAUAAGAAAAAUACACAAUAUUGCAAGAAUACGGCCAUAAUUUUGUAUUGUUAUAAUGUGUAAGUGAAUCUAAUUAAUUCCAAUUCCACUAGUGUGUAUACUCUUAUAUAUGUGUUAAAUACAGUGCAUGCAGUAAGAAUGUCUCUCAUUCAUUUGCAACCUUUUGAAUUAUGGUCGCAGAUUUUCCCAUCAUUUAAGCACAAUGAAGGUCUGUGCAGAGAACUGAACACAAUGAAGCAGACAGUGAAGUGCUGCUUUAUCACGACCGGCAGAGGGCGCUGAGCUGCAACUGAAAGAGUCAACUUUAGAAGAAUCAUAAACAGUGACUGAGCAUUGACGAGAGUUACUCGGAGCAAUACCAGAAGUACACUUUCUUUUAAGAAUAAAAGCAUUCCUUUUUAAUAAUAA